AUGAGUAAGGCAAUGGCACUGCGUCGCUUGAUGAAAGAGUACAAGGAGUUGACUGAGAAUGGUCCUGAUGGAAUUACAGCAGGACCUUCAAAUGAGGAUGACUUUUUUUAUUGGGAUUGCCUGGUUCAAGGACCCGACGGUACUCCCUACGAAGGUGGGUUGUAUCCGGCGUCUCUUAAGUUCCCCCCGGAUUAUCCUCUAGGUCCACCCACAUUAAAAUUCGAGUGUGAGUUUUUUCAUCCUAACGUCUAUCCAGAUGGUACAGUCUGUAUUUCUAUUUUACAUGCUCCUGGAGAUGAUCCCAACAUGUAUGAGUCAUCAUCUGAACGAUGGUCGCCGGUGCAGUCUGUAGAAAAAAUCUUGCUUUCUGUGAUGUCAAUGUUGGCAGAGCCGAACGAUGAGAGUGGUGCCAAUAUAGACGCCUGCAAACUAUACAGAGAAAAUUAUGAGUAUUAUUGCCAUGUCGUCCGAAAGCUAGCUCGUAAAACUUUGGGUCUUUAA